UGCAAUUGUGGUAAUCCUACAGCUCUUGGACAAUGUGAGGCGACGCUGUGGCGUUCCCCGAUAGGAAACUUUUCUGUUAUCUGCUGCUUACGCUUACCGCAUAUUUCGUUUUGUACUUAGUCUAAAUCGAUCGACUGCGAGAACCGACAUGGUGCCGUUGUCGGUUUUCGGAACCUUCGGAACGGUAGUAGUCAGUGUGGAGCGACUGUAUGACGUCAUGUCUCGAUUCCUGACUGGCAUGCAUUAUAAAUAACCUCAAUAGUUUAAUGUUAUCUUGGAUAUACAAGUCUAUCGUGUUGUUGCUAGUAAUACAGGUGUACGUGUAUUUUGCACUAAUAAUAUAACCGUUUAUCAUCAAUUUCUUCCCGUACCUAGUUAGUUGAAUAAUAUCAGUACGUUUCCUGAUCUUCCAAAUACCUAUAGGUACUUAUCGGUUAUUGGUGUUGAACUAAACUCCGCUUGUUAGCUAAGUUUUAUUUUAAUUCUCUGCUUUCGGUGUGGAGUAUUCACCAAUUUACAUUUCAAGGGUGUGACUGCUUUACGCACUUGUUAUAUUUUUCUUUAAGAAAAUGUAACCCCUUUUUAACGAAAUACGCCAGUAAUAAAUUUAGUCAUCAAUUAAAUUCCUACACCGGUACCGGUAACAAUAUUAACAUAUAGAUACGUCACCAAGUUACAGACAUUAGUUUUAUAUAAAGACUAAGAUGUGGUGUUGUGUCUAAAUACAGUCGACAACUUAUACAUUGUGCAGCUAUAGCUGAAAGAUGGCUACGAUAGACGGACGGCCUGCUCAAUAUGGGAUCUCCCUCAAGCAAAUGCGUGACCUCAUGGAACACCGAGGUCGUGAGGGAGUCAACAAAAUCAAAGACUUGGGUGGAAUACAAGAACUUUGUAAAAAGCUCUACACGUCACCCAAUGAAGGUCUCAGCGGGUCCCAGGCAGAUUUAGAUCAUCGGAGAGAAGUUUUUGGCUCAAAUUCAAUUCCGCCUAAACCCCCAAAGACUUUUCUACAAUUAGUAUGGGAGGCUCUACAGGAUAUCACUCUCAUUAUUCUUGAAGUAGCUGCCAUAGUGUCCUUAGCCCUUUCAUUUUAUCAUCCAGCCGCCGAAGAAGAUGAAUCUAUUCCUUUUGACGACGAUGAAACAAGUCACGGGUGGAUUGAAGGGUUGGCAAUUUUAAUAUCGGUUAUCGUGGUAGUUCUCGUGACAGCAUUCAAUGAUUACACCAAAGAGCGACAGUUUCGUGGUUUACAAAGUCGAAUUGAGGGCGAGCACAAAUUCGCCGUCAUUCGACACGCCGAAGUAAUUCAGAUUCCUGUGAGCGAAAUAGUUGUUGGUGAUAUUUGCCAGAUAAAGUACGGAGAUCUGCUCCCUGCGGAUGGCAUUUUAAUACAAUCAAAUGACUUAAAGGUUGAUGAGUCAUCACUGACUGGAGAGUCAGAUCAUGUAAAGAAAGGCGAAUCUUUCGAUCCGAUGGUGCUUUCCGGUACGCAUGUGAUGGAAGGUUCGGGAAAAAUGCUAGUCACCGCAGUGGGAGUCAAUUCUCAAGCUGGUAUUAUUUUCACCCUAUUGGGUGCAGCAGUGGACCAACAGGAAGCGGAAAUAAAGAAAAUGAAAAAAGAAGCUAAAAAGCAACGGAAGAAGAAAAGCUCGACAGGUGAUGAUGAAGGAGCUGUAACUGGAAACAGUCAUGUCAACUCCCCUGCGCCCCCCGUUUCGAAUAAAAUCGAUGCAGUUCCCGAAACAGGAGAAAAUCACGUACAGUCGUCAUCCCCAGCAGCGGAAAGUCAUAAAAAGGAGAAGUCGGUACUUCAAGCGAAACUUACGAAGCUUGCCAUACAAAUCGGUUAUGCAGGCUCCACAAUAGCUGUUCUUACUGUUCUUAUUUUGAUUACUCAGUUCUGCGUGAAAACGUUUUUUAUCGAUGGCAAGGGUUGGAAGAACACCUAUGCUAAUUAUCUGGUCAAGCACCUUAUCAUCGGUGUAACUGUUUUGGUGGUCGCUGUUCCUGAAGGAUUACCUCUUGCUGUUACUCUCUCUUUAGCUUAUAGCGUUAAGAAAAUGAUGAAAGACAACAAUUUAGUGAGACAUUUGGAUGCUUGUGAAACGAUGGGUAAUGCUACAGCUAUCUGCUCAGAUAAGACGGGCACGCUAACAACAAACAGGAUGACAGUCGUUCAAUCGUAUAUUUGCGAACAACUUUGCAAAACUAUGCCUAAAUUCUCCGAUAUACCAGCACAUGUUGGAAAUCUCAUAAUAGAAGGAAUCUCUGUAAAUUCAGCUUUCACUUCGCGUAUUAUGCCUUCAGAAGAUCCCACAGAACUACCAAAACAAGUUGGCAAUAAGACUGAAUGUUCAUUGUUAGGUUUUGUAUUAGGUCUAGGAAAAAGUUAUCAGACAGUACGUGACGACCAUCCUGAAGAAUCGUUUGUACGAGUUUAUACGUUUAACUCCGUGAGAAAGUCGAUGAGUACUGUAAUACCUAGACCGGGUGGCGGUUACAGGUUAUAUACGAAAGGUGCUUCUGAAAUGAUACUAAACAAGUGUGCCUUUAUUUACGGUCACGAUGGCCGUUUGGAAAAAUUCACCAGAGAUAUGCAAGAACGUCUAUUGCGACAAGUAAUUGAGCCGAUGGCUUGUGACGGUUUACGUACAAUAGCUAUUGCAUAUCGCGACUUUGUUCCUGGUAAGGCGGAGAUAAACCAAGUUCAUUCGGAAACAGAGCCUAACUGGGACGAUGAAGCAAACAUUGUUAACAACUUGACCUGCCUUUGCGUUGUUGGUAUAGAAGAUCCGGUAAGACCUGAAGUGCCAGACGCUAUCAGAAAAUGUCAAAGGGCUGGUAUCACGGUUAGAAUGGUCACUGGAGAUAAUAUUAAUACAGCACGUUCGAUUGCCACAAAAUGUGGUAUUCUAAAACCGAACGAAGACUUCCUUAUUCUUGAAGGCAAAGAGUUUAACAGAAGGAUUAGGGACGCUAAUGGAGAAGUUCAGCAACAUCUGAUAGACAAAGUGUGGCCUAAACUGCGCGUACUUGCGCGCUCUUCUCCUACUGACAAGUACACAUUGGUGAAAGGUAUCAUUGACAGUAAGAUUAGUGAACAGAGGGAAGUAGUUGCGGUCACUGGAGAUGGUACAAACGACGGCCCAGCUUUGAAAAAGGCCGACGUCGGAUUCGCUAUGGGUAUUGCCGGAACUGAUGUUGCUAAAGAAGCGUCUGAUAUUAUUUUGACCGACGACAACUUCAGUAGCAUUGUUAAAGCUGUCCUGUGGGGCAGAAACGUGUACGAUAGCAUUGCUAAAUUUUUGCAGUUCCAACUUACCGUAAAUGUUGUUGCUGUUAUUGUAGCUUUUAUUGGUGCCUGUGCUGUUCAAGACAGUCCUCUGAAGGCUGUCCAAAUGUUAUGGGUCAAUUUGAUUAUGGACACCUUGGCCUCAUUAGCAUUGGCUACAGAACUUCCAACACCAGAUCUAUUAUUAAGAAAACCAUAUGGAAGAACGAAGCCGUUGAUAUCUAGGACCAUGAUGAAAAAUAUAUUAGGACAAGCUGUUUACCAGCUAACUGUUAUAUUUUCUUUGUUAUUUGUUGGUGACAAGAUGUUGGAUAUUGAGUCAGGUCGCGGAGCCCCUAUUGGUGCUGGUCCAACGCAGCACUUCACUGUUAUUUUCAAUUCAUUUGUUAUGAUGACACUUUUUAACGAGUUCAACGCUCGGAAAAUUCACGGACAAAGGAACGUUUUUGAAGGAGUUUUUACGAACCCGAUCUUCUACAGUAUAUGGUUGGGAACUUGUGCUGCACAGGUAGUAAUUGUGCAAUAUGGAAAAAUGGCAUUCUCAACAAGAAGUUUGACCCUGGAACAAUGGCUCUGGUGUCUGUUCUUUGGUUUUGGAACACUACUUUGGGGCCAGGUUGUGACAACUAUACCAACUAGGAAAAUACCUAAGAUACUAUCAUGGGGCCGUGGUCAUCCAGAAGAGUAUACCGAAGCCAUUAACAUCGGCGAAGAGAAGUUCGAUUUGGAUUCAGAUAAGAAACCAAGGGCGGGACAAAUUCUUUGGAUUAGGGGUUUGACUAGAUUACAGACACAAGUGAUAGGUGGUGAAUUGCAAGAGCGUUUGAUUCCAGUCCCAUACAGCAAGAGCUCCACUGACCAAGCUGUAAGCUGCUUCCUACAUCUUUCUGUCCGCUGUUUUCGUGUGCAAUGUUUUGCUCUGUUUUUUUGCGUUUCACUGCUUCAAUAUUGUGUAAAGGCACUGCUUAUACUGCUGUUUGCUACUAUUUCAGCGACUGCAGUAUCUGGCCCUUGUUUCAAUAUCGAAACAGUGGUAACAUUCCGUUUUUUGUGGAAUAGUUUGAGAAUUCCUCAAUCUAAUGCCCGCAACAGCUCUAUUACUUUUUUGUUUGCAUGGUGCAUGCUUUCUCUAGGUAGUCACAGAUGCAUAAGAUGGCUCAAAACGACUGCUCGGCCGAAAUAUAUGUCGAUUGCCUUUUCCAAAUUUUUACAAACAACUUACUACUACGUAAUUGAACGUUUUUGUUUUUUAUAUUAAUUACCAUAUUUCGAGUGCUACUUGAUUGAUAAUUGGUUGAUUAAUUAAUAACUACAUACUAACAGUAAUUUAGUUAAAACAAUAAUAAUUUAACGCGACGACAGUUACCGCCGAGAAAACGAAAUGCGCAUCAUAGUCUAUUAUUCUUUUAUUCAAUUUAUUUAAUUUCAUUACCGUUUCGUUGUUUAUUUAAAAUGUGGCCUAUAAAAUACAGUUGCUUUCUUUAAAAAUAACCAAAAUAAUGAAACUACACAGUAAAUUAAUAAUUUUAAAUAAUCUCUAUGAUGCCUGAAUUGCUUCAAAGUAUCGGCCUCGUUGCAUAGAAUUAGUAUUGUCUGUUAAACUGUAGAGGCUUCCAUUUGUUUAUAAAAUGAGAAGUUACUGUUUAAAUUUUGAAUAUAUUUGUUGUUUGUAACCUUUGACGAAGUGUACUUAGACUGUUUUGUAUUAUUAUUAUUACUAUUUUUUUUUAAUAUACUAACAGUUUGCUGUUUUCGAAUCCAAUUUUUAAUAAAACAUUGAAAGAAUGACUUUUUAGUCAAAUA